AUGAAUAAACAUGAGCCCCUGGUAGCUGGACUGGGACCUGUUUCGGUGUGGCUGGAUCGCUCCAGCGGAUUCAACUGGGGAGCUUUCACCGGGGGAUUCCUCUGCCCAACAACUUUCAGAGAAAAGACUACAGCUCAAGCUUUCCUGCUCACACGGAGGGAGAGCAUGGCUGGGGCCCCAAGUGUUAAAGGGCCCUUUCUCGUGGUGCUCCUGCAGUUUGUCCUCAUUUGCUCUUCACAAAGGAAUCAAGGACCCCCUGGCCCUCCAGGACCCCCAGGAGUCCCAGGAAUUGAUGGAAUUGCUGGGGAAAGGGGUGACGAUGGCAAGGAUGGUCCUCCGGGACCUGAUGGGGAUGCAGGUAAACCCGGUUCUUCAGGAUUACCUGGAAUUCCUGGAAAAGACGGUUUGACUGGCCCCAUUGGAGAUCCUGGGCCUGACGGGCCCCCGGGACAGAAAGGUGAACCUGGACAAUCUGGACCUCGUGGAGCAGCUGGUGUUGGACCAGAUGGACCCAUUGGAUCACGAGGACCUGGGGGACUUUUGGGUGAAAUAGGAAAAGUUGGACCACCUGGGACCAUGGGUGUGAUAGGGCCUCAGGGACCUCGUGGACCAGCUGGGCCUAGAGGUGCAACUGGAGUGCUGGGUGCUACUGAUCUGUGUCCAAACUCUUGUCCGCCUGGUACCUCUGGACACCCUGGCCUUUCUGGUAUGAAGGGCCACAAAGGAGUAAAAGGUGAAGCAGGAGAGCCGGGGAAGCAGGGACACAAGGGUGAAGAAGGAGAUCAGGGAGGUCCAGGAGAGGGUGGAUCCCAGGGACCAACGGGACCUCAGGGAAUUCGUGGAGCCACAGGAAUGAUGGGUCCCAAGGGAGAGAUAGGAACUCGAGGUCCUGAUGGAGAGCCAGGUCCUCAGGGAGUGGCAGGGGCAAUUGGGGACCGAGGCCAGAGGGGCGUGAUGGGCGAGCCUGGGCCUAAAGGUGAAAUGGGUGUUCAAGGGUCAAGAGGGAUCACAGGGCUUCCAGGUCCUAAAGGAGAACCUGGCCUGCCGGGCGUGGAUGGCCGUGAGGGUAUUCCUGGAAUGCCAGGAGCAAAGGGAAGUGUUGGGAAGUCAGGAGUUCCUGGAGAGGUUGGACUUCAGGGGCUUCCUGGUUUGCCAGGUUCAUCGGGAACAAAAGGCUCGAGUGGCCCAAAGGGUGACAGUGGUCAGCAAGGGCUGCCUGGAACACUGGGCUCCACUGGCAAACCUGGUGAGCGUGGAGAACAAGGAGAGGUGGGACCUGUUGGACCCAUCGGCGAGCCUGGAGAUAUAGGAGAGCAAGGCCUGGUGGGUCCAGCUGGGAAGCCAGGUGGAAGGGGUCCAAAAGGUGAUCCUGGUCUCCCUGGUCUCCCAGGUCCUCCCGGCCUACCUGGAAUAAAAGGAGAGAGGGGAGAGCGUGGAGGACCAGGACCUAAAGGAGAACAAGGAGGACAAGGUGAUGAGGGGGAUUCUGGAGAGAGAGGGGAUGCUGGUGACCCAGGAGAACUUGGACCUAAAGGAGAGACCGGUACCCCUGGUGACCCUGGCCAAAGAGGUCCCGAGGGGAGUCGAGGCCAGCCGGGCAUUGAGGGCCCUCCUGGGACACCUGGACCACGAGGAAUGCAAGGGAACAGGGGCCCACGUGGAGUCAGAGGGUCCCAAGGACCAGCGGGUAAAGAGCCAAGUGAUCAGCAUAUCAAACAAGUUUGCAUGCGAGUCAUGCAAGAACAGCUGGCCCAGUUAGCUGCUAGUUUAAGAAGGCCGGAGACUGGCGCUGCAGGUUUGCCUGGGAAACCUGGACCUCCUGGGCCCCCUGGUUCCUCAGGAGACAAUGGGUUUCCAGGGCAGGCUGGAGCAAGGGGGCUUCCAGGACUCAAAGGGCCACCGGGGCAAAUGGGGCUAAAAGGGCCAAAAGGUGAACUGGGAGACAGAGGGGCGAGAGGGCCCACUGUGCGAGGACCUAAAGGUCAGCCAGGACUUCCUGGACUUCCUGGAGAGCCCGGCAAACCUGGCUAUGGUCAAGAUGGUGUUGACGGGCAGAGGGGACCUCCGGGCGUUCCUGGACAGCCUGGUGUGCCUGGUCUUCCAGGUCCAGCUGGUCUUAAUGGUUAUUGUGACCCAUCAGCCUGCAACCUCCAGGCAGGAGCUGUAAUGGAUGUGAAGGGACCCCCAGGGAACUAAGAGGUGUUCUGGCAGAGACAUAAAGACUGUUCAAAUGAUCUCCCUGAGCACGCAGCAUUUGUCACACGGUCCUCUCUGAGGCUGUCGUUGGCCUGCGUUUUGAAACAUUAACCUCUUUGUGUGAGCAUUUUGUGCGCACAUCUCAAUUAAAGGGAGUCAUCAUCAUCUAUGAGACAAAAAGACACAAAGAUGUUCCUUCAUCUGCU